AUGGCGACUGCUACUGCUGCUAACCACUUAUCUUGUCUUGUCAAGCUUUGCAGGUUAUGUGGAAAUUAUGUUGGCAAUGAUUCAUUUGAUGUUAUAUCAACAAGAGUUAGAGUUGACCAGACAUUUUUUACUGAGGUAGGAGAAGAGAGAGCAGAAACACACCCACCAAAAAUUUGCAUGAAAUGCUUUACAGUAAUGAGGCAUAUCAAACAACGAGGAACAACCCCAUCAAAUUUCAGUAUAAAACACUGGCCACAAACAUGUUCACUCGAAAGAUGCAUUUGUUUUGUAAAGAAGUCCGGUAGAAAGAAGAAGAAGCAAUGUGGAAGACCACCAUCAGGCAAUAAAGUUAUUUGGACAAGAGAGUCACUUAAUGUAAUAUUAGACAGUUUUUCUGAUAUGUCUCGCAUGUGCUAUGAGUCUAUCAACAUAGCUGAUCACCCACACAAAGACUUAUGUGUCUGCAUGUUUUGCAAAAGAAUAAUACAUAGACCUGUCUUACUUAAUAACUGCCAACAUUUAUUUUGUGCUACAUGUAUUUUUCCAAAUUUAAUUGGAAAAUUAGAAACAGAAGCAAAAUGCCCAAUAUGUUGCUCAAACAUAACUUUAGGUAGUAUUUCAAAAGCAACAGCAAUGCAAAAUAUCCUUGAGAGUAUAGCUCUGAAGUGUUCUAAAAAUACAUGCAAUGACGAUUGUGUCAUGCAGUUUGACACAAAAAGUAUAAGCAAUAAGGAGGAACAUGAACAAGUAUACAAAAGUGAAAACAUAUCAUACAGUUGUUCAGCAUCAUCACACUCCUCAUUGACAGUUGCAGACAUUUACAAAAUUGAUAAAAAUUAUGACAUUCCUAAAGAAUUAGACUAUGCAUUUGCUCACUUUGCAAAACUGAAAAAGGCAAAAAACAAUUCACAUUCAUUUGAACUUCCUUCUGGUGGUCUACGGGCUAUACAGUUUUCAGCAACUCCAAAAAUCUACAAAACAUCAACUGAUAUUAGUCAAAAAACCAUUCCAAGACGUCAAAAGCAACUACAUCAAUCACUAAUAGAGAAUGCAGGACCGACAAAAAAGGCAAAAAUGCAACAAGUAGCGCUUAUGCUCAAUUCCUUUGAUAAAAAUGAUAAAAUUGAUAUACUAAAAAAAGCUGGGUCAGAGGACAUUGUUUCACUGAAGGCAGACUGUGGUUUACCUUGGGAAAAAAUGAAAAAAAUGAUUAGAUUUUUCAAGUCAAAAAAUGUCAAACUACCUUCACUUUCAAAUCAACGAAAAGUUUCAAAAAAUUGGUCAGGUGAUGAUUUGGUUGUUGAAGAUAAAGAAUUUCUGGUGGAAUCAAUAAACAAAAGAGGGACUUUUGAUUUACAACAAACACCAACAGCAAAUAUAAAUGAUUUAUCAUCACAUUUAAUCAAGGUGCUUAAUGAAUUAGAAAGGCAUAACCAACUCAUGUAUGACAAGAUAACUCCUGGGGAAAUACAUAUAAAGAUAGGAGGUGACUAUGGAGGUAGUUCGUUAAAAAUGUGUUAUCAAUUAGCUAAUGUUGUAAAUCCCAAUUCAAAGAAUAAUACAACAAUUUUUAAUAUAUUUAAGGCCAAAGACUAUCGUGCAAACCUUAAAAUUGAACUAUCAAGGCACACAGAUAAAAUAAGACAGAUUCAGUCAAUGAAAUGGAGAGAAAAGAAUUUUCGUGUAUUUAUAUUUGGCGAUUUUGAAUUUCUUUGUCCUGUCUAUGGCAUCUCAGGAGCAACUGGUCGACAUUGCUGUUUAUUUUGUGAAAUCACAAAAAAUGAAAUGCAAUUGAGUAUGAAAGAUCGAAAUCAAUCAAUCUUUUUGAGAACACUUGAAUCUUUGAAAUCAGAUUUUGAACGCUUUAAAAAUGAUGGAGGUAACAAUAAAAAUGCAAAGAAGUUUAAUAAUGUAAUCGACGAGCCAUUAUUUGAUAUACCAAUUGAACAGAUAGCGAUACCAGCUCUCCACAUCACAUUAGGAAUAUUUCUUAAAUUUUUCAACUUGUUGGAGAAAGAGUCUCAUCUUCUUGAUAUCAAACUAGCAGGAGUUCUUGCAAUUCAUGAUAAACGUAUUGAUUUAAGUGAGUAUGAUGAUUAUGUUGAGAAACAGGUAGAGAUAUUCCAGUUAAAAUAUUCCAUUGAAGAUAUAAAUAACAAAAUUCUUCUUAUUCAAGAUGCUUGUGUUAUUGAAGUAAUUCAUAACCCUGAAAAUUCAGAAAACAUAAAGGUAAUGUACAAAGACAGAAUUGCACUGUUAGAAUCAAAGAGAACAGAAAAGGAGGGACGAAUUGCAGAAUGUUUUAAAGUUGAGUUGAAUCAAGGAGCCGGCCCAAUAGUAAAGGAAAUUGAAUCUGUUUUGCAGUCAUGUGGAGUGCUACGUCAAGCUUUUCAUAGUCGCUCCUUUAUUGGAAAUCAUAUUCAUAAAAUGUUAUUGUAUGAAAACAUAAUAAAGUUAUGCAACUCAGUUCCUGAAACAGUUUUUAAUCAUAUAAACCUUCCUGAACAUCCAAUUCAGAUGGAGGCAAUUGGCAUAUGUAAAAAAUUCAAAGUUUUGUUUGAGAAGUUUUCAAAGUGUCACAAAGAAAUGAAUUCGUGCGAAAUAUUCAACAAUACAAAAGUGCAGAGUUUUGAAGCAACGGUUCAUGAACUAUUGACGUUUUUUCGAACUAAUUGGCCAAAUGAAUCGAUAACUCCAAAAAUGCAUAUGUUAGAGGAUCAUAUGGAAGUUUUUUUAAACAAAUGGGGAGUUGGGCUUGGAUUAUAUGGAGAACAAGGUGGCGAAAGUAUACACGCAGAAUUUAUUAACAUAGAAAGAUUAUACUCUAACAUGUCGGGCACCCGAAAACUAGAAAGUGUCAUGAGAGACCAUUACACGAGAAAUAACUCAAUAUCAAAAUCUUUAAAAGUGCCGAUCAUCCCUCGAAAAAAAAAAAUUACAAAUUAA